AUGGAGUCGAGCAACAGCGGUCGUUAUUUUGCGACCAAUCAGUCCGAGGCGGAGAGGCGGAGAAAGGCAGCCAAGUCCGGCAACAAGCAUGGCAACCCAAUCACGGUGCCAACCAAGAUCCUCGCCGCCGUCGCCGAUCCGACGUGUCCCGAGUCCAUCUUCACUGCCGGAGCGAUGGGCUUCGUUUACCGAAUAUCUCUCCCACUGGCCAAGCGCAUUGCCACGUACCGGGGGCCUGAAGCGCCGGCGACGUGCCUCGCCCUGGGGGGAAGAGAGGGCAAGACCAUCUUCGCAGGCUCGUGGGACAAGGUCGUCUGGUCGUGGGACAUUGAGUCGACGAAGCCUGGGCUCGCGUAUCGAGGGCAUUCCGACUUUGUCAAGGCCGUCGUCUGCACUCGCCUGGCCGGAAAGGAGAUUCUGAUAAGCGGCGGCGCCGACAAGAAGAUCCUCGUGUGGGAUGUCGAGACCGGUCGCUGCAUGCAUACCGUGCAGGACCCCACGACGACGAUGCUCGCCGUGCAGUUUCUCGCCGUCGAUCCCGUGGCCACGGCGGCGGAUGCCGUCGUCGUCUUCAGCGCAAGCAGCGACCCGCACAUUCGGCGAUGGCAGAUCACGCUCGACGGCUGUCAGCAGCUUCCCGACUCGUUCCACGACAGGCCCGGCGUGGAGCGGCCGACGAUCGAAGAGCACGACACGAGCGUCUACAAGCUCGUCUUCGACGUCGACGGGGACGAGACCGAUCUAUGGACAGCCAGCGCCGACGGCACGGCCAAGUGCCUCGCGCGAUCGCGCAACUUUGUCGCCGAUGACGUCUUCGCACAUGGCGACUUUGUCCGCGCCGUGCUGGUGACGGACCACUGGGUCAUAACGGCAGGGCGAGACGAGCAUGUCAAGGUAUGGGACAGGGUCACGGGGAAGCUGUACUGCCAGCUCGAGGGGCACUUUGAGGAGGUCACCGAACUCGUGAUGCUGCGGAACGCUCAGGGGUUGCCCGACAAGUUUUGCAGCGUCAGCAUCGACCGAACAAUCCGGACGUGGCCGCUCGACAAGGCCGAGCUGGACGACGUGGUCCGCAAGAUUCACGAGCCACCGAUGCCCACGACGGAGACGCCGGCGGGAGGGGGCGACAAACUGCUGACGGCCGAGGAGGAGGCCGAGCUGGCCGAGCUCAUGGAUGACUAG